CAGUCCCUGUAGGAAGCAUUAUUAUCAUCAGGUUUUUCGUCAGGCUUGUUGGUCGCUUCCGUUAGGUCGGGCUCUGAGUAUGCGGAACUCCCUGCAGACCGAUGAUGAUGAAGAGGAUGUUGUGAAGGCAGGUUGUAACUGACCGAGCCACCCGUUCACCGAGCACAAGAGGCGGACACGCAUUUCGCAUCAUUUAUUAUUCCACGAACCAGUCGGUCGGAGUAGCUUGACGUCUGAGCCGUCGUCCGUGUCCGAUGUUUCCAAUUCAGAUAUAUAAUCUGAACGAAACGAAGGCUGAAUUCAUACACACACCGCUGCCUCUCUGCCUCCGUGACCGAGGAGGGCACUCACCACCCAGGCCGUCAUCAGCAGCUGGCUUCGCAGCGACUGUUAGCGGCUAACCGGCUAAUGUAAGCAGGUCUGACUUAGUCUGUUUUUGAAGCAUCAUGAUGACAACCAAGGAGCUGCGUUUCACCUCUAUAUCCGAAAUUUCCAAAUUGUAAUGGAAAGCCACCAGUGACUUAAGAGGGAAAAUAUAUCCUGGAUGCCGUGACACACAGGACGUGGUCAAUCCAAGAUGGAGAAAAAGAAAAUGUGCCCUCGCCUUCUCGACUACUUGGUGGUGGUCGGAGCAAGGCAACCAAGUAGUGAUAGUGUGGCUCAGACCCCACAGCUCCUCCGCCGCUACCCACUGGAAGACCACCACGACUUUCCACUCCCACCAGACGUGGUGUUCUUCUGCCAACCAGAGGGCUGCCUGAGCAUACGCCAGCGUAGGGUCAGCCUGCGUGACGACUCCUCAUUUGUUUUCACUCUGACCGACAAGGACUCAGGAAUCACUCGCUAUGGAAUCUGCGUCAACUUCUACCGCUCUUUUCAGCGAGGGCAUCACCGUACCCGCGGGGACAAGAGCAGUCACACAGAGACAGCAGCACAAGGGGCGGAAACCACGAGCGAGGGGCUCGACGGCAGCGGCGGAGGCCCGGCUUCCACGUUAGCGCCGCCUAACAACGCCGAGUCAGCGCCCCAGCCUGCCUCUGGAGAAGAAACCGGACAACCGGGUGCCGAGCCGAACGCCGGAAAAUCCCCGCAGCACAGACGAAGCGCGGCUAAGAUGGCAGCCAGGAACCGCAACAGCACGCUGACCUCGCUGUGCAUACUCAGCCACUACCCCUUCUUCUCCACCUUUAGGGAAUGCCUAUAUAUUCUCAAGAGGCUGGUGGACUGCUGCAGUCAGAGGCUAACACAGCGUGCCGGGCUCCCCCGCGCCACCCAGAGGGACACCAUGUGGCGAGUGUUCACCGGGGCGCUGUCGGUGGAAGAGAAAGGCAGCCAGCUGCUGGCAGACCUGCGGGAGAUUGAAUCCUGGGUGUACCGGUUGCUGCGUUCACCUGUGCCAGUGGCGGGUCAGAGGCGCGUGGAUGUGGAAAUGCUUCCCCACGAACUCAAACGGCCUCUCACCUUUGCACUGCCUGACAACUCCCGCUUCUCCAUGGUCGACUUCCCCCUCCACCUGCCCUUAGAGCUGCUGGGUGUGGACGCCUGUCUGCAGGUUCUCAGCUGUGUCCUGCUAGAGCACAAGGUUAUUCUUCAAUCCAGAGAUUACAACGCUUUGUCUAUGAGUGUAAUGGCCUUUGUGGCCAUGAUCUACCCUCUGGAGUACAUGUUCCCCGUCAUCCCCUUACUGCCGACAUGCAUGGCCUCAGCUGAACAGCUCCUUCUUGCCCCCACUCCCUACAUUAUAGGUGUGCCAGCUAGCUUCUUCCUCUACAAAUCUGAUUUCAAAAUGCCAGAUGAUCUGUGGCUUGUGGACCUUGACAGCAGCAAGGUUAUAGCACCCACCAAUGCAGAGAUUCUACCACCUCUUCCAGAGCCUGAAGCCGGCGAGCUUAAGAAACAUCUGAAGCAGGCCUUGGCCAGUAUGAGUUUGAACACCCAACCCAUUCUGAACCUGGAGAAGUUCCAGGAAGGUCAGGAGAUACCCCUGCUCCCACCUGGACGAGAUAAAGCUUCACCAUCCUCCACGGAGUUCAACCCCCUGAUUUAUGGCAACGAUGUUGAUUCUGUGGAUGUAGCCACCAGGGUUGCCAUGGUACGGUUCUUCAACUCCCCGAAUGUUCUCCAGGGGUUCCAGAUGCACACUCGGACCUUACGUCUCUUCCCCCGCCCUGUGGUGGCUUUUCAGUCGUCGUCUUUUCUUGCAUCUCGGCCACGGCGUUCUUGCUUUGCAGAUAAACUGUCUCACACCCAGGCAGUGGAGUUCUAUGGAGAGUGGGCUUUGAAUCCCACCAAUCUCGCCUUUCAGAGGAUACAUAACAAUGUGUUUGACCCCUCCUUAAUUGGUGACAAACCCAAGUGGUAUGCUCACCAGCUACAGCCAGUGGUCUACCGGGUGUACGAUGGAAGCUCCCAGCUGGUUGAGGCUAUGGCUGGUCCUUUAGAGGACGAGGGCAACGAAUCUGACCCCACAGACAGUGGAAGUGACAGUGAGGCAUACGAUGACUCCAGCUCUUCCUACUCCUCACUUGGAGACCUUGUGAGUGAGAUGAUCCAAGGAGACAUCCAGGGAGACACGCCGAGCUUAGAACCACAUACCCAUGCUGCACUUGGAGAUGCAAGUGAGGUCGAGUUUCAAGAUUUCCAGGACAUCAGGGAAGGCCAGAGCUCAGAGGGUCCACCCAGUGGGGACGGACCUGCCGAACCUUCUGAUGGACAACCCCUUCGCUCAAGCUCCAGCACAACUGCAAGCUCAAGUCCCAGCACAAUCAUCCAGGGGGUCAACCAUGAGCAAGGGGAAGCACCUGAAAUGGAGGCAUUACCAAGUGCCGCCUUACAGAAUCCUGUCCCAGGACUGGGCAGCCAGCCGUUCCUCAGAGCUCCAGCUGAUGCUGGCCUGGUGGACCCAGCCAACAAAAAACAAGAGUAUGACAACCCAUACUUUGAGCCUCAGUAUGGCUUCCCCUCUGAGGAUGACCCUGAUGCGGAAGAGCAAGUGGAGUCAUACACCCCUCGAUUCAACCAGAACCUCAAUGGCAACAAGGCACAGCGUCCUUUACGUCCCAGUAGUCUGAGGCUCCCCGGUGAGUCUGACGGGGAGGGAGAUUCCCGCAACAGCUCGCCAAACUCCACUAUUUCCAACAGCAGCAAUGAUGGAUUUGGAGGACUCAUGUCCUUUGCUAGCAACCUUUACAAGAACCAUGGCACCAGUUUCAGCCUGUCCAAUCUCGCUCUUCCCAACAAAGCAGCGAGGGAGAAAUCAACGCCUUUCCCGAGUUUAAAAGGCGCACGUGCACCUCGGGCACUCGUGGAUCAGAAGUCUUCUGUAAUCAAGCACAGUCCAACAGUGAAGAGAGAGUCGCCCUCUCCUCAGGGUCGCGUCAACAACACAAGCGAGAACCAGCAGUUCUUAAAGGAAGUGGUGCAGAGUGUCCUGGACGGACAGGGAGUCGGCUGGCUCAACAUGAAGAAAGUGCGCCGCCUGCUGGAGAACGAGCAGCUUCGUGUCUUUGUGCUCAGCAAGCUGAACAGAGCCGUGCAGUCGGAGGAAGACGCCAGACAGGAGAUCAUACGUGAUGUGGAGGUGAGCCGAAAGGUGUACAAAGGCAUGCUGGACAUCUUGAAGUGCACAGUUUCCAGUCUGGAGCACUCCUACACUAAUGCAGGCCUUGGAGGAAUGGCUAGUGUAUUCAGCUUAUUGGAGAUUGCACGCACACAUUAUCAAACCAAAGACCCAGAAAAACGCAAGCGAAGCCCCACAGACAGUGCUGGAAGCCCAGGGAGUAAAGAGAGUCCUUCUGGUCGUAUGGAGACCGCCAGACCUCAGGGCCUUCUGAAUAUUCCUCACCUGCAGCUGCCGCACCACGCAACGGGCAGAGGAGCCCGCCAUUUUGAUACGCGGAGUCUGAACGAGGAGAACUUUAUUGCCUCGAUUGAAUUGUGGAGCAAGCACCAGGAUAAGCAAAAAGCUAUGGAAAAACCACAGAAUUGUGUGUAUCCCUCAGGGUCUGAAGGAGCGAAGCAGCAGCGCCCCCAGGUGACUGAUGCAGAGGAGAAGAAAUCACAGAUUAGUGCUGAUAGCGGUCUCAGCGUCACAUCUGGAUCUCAGAAGAGCGACACAGAGUCUGUAACGAGCUCAGAGCCUCCGAUCCUGACGAGAAGCACCAGCCAGGACUCAGAGGCUAGCACAGUGAUAAGCAAUAGCUCUGGAGAGACUCUGGGAGCUGACAGUGACCUGAGCAGCACAGCAGGAGACGGCCUUGGUGGGAGAACUGCUCCUCAUUUAACUCAGUCCAGAGGGACGCUUUCUGACAGCGAGAUUGAAACCAACCCGGCCACCAGUGCAGUGUUUGGAAAGACCCACACACUGAAACCAGGUGCAAAAGAUCAUUUACCUGCUAUGGCAAAGGGACCGCCCCCCCAACCCAUGGAGGACAUCAGUAUGAGGAUCUACCUGUGUGAAGGCCUGCUGGGCCGCGAUAAGAGCUCCGUUUGGGAUCAACUAGAAGAUGCUGCCAUGGAAACCUUUUCUCUAAGUAAGGAGCGCUCCACACUGUGGGACCAGGUGCAGUUCUGGGAGGAUGCCUAUUUAGAUGCCGUCAUGUUGGAGCGUGAGGGGAUGGGGAUGGACCAGGGACCUCAGGAGAUGAUCGAAAGAUACCUGUCACUGGGAGACCACGACCGCAAGCGUCUGGAGGAUGAUGAGGACAGACUUCUGGCUACCCUGCUGUACAAUAUGAUAGCAUACAUGCUAAUGAUGAAAGUGAGUAAAAAUGACAUCCGGAAGAAAGUGAGGCGUUUGAUGGGGAAGUCCCACAUCGGCCUCACAUACAGCCAAGAGAUCAAUGAGUUGCUGGACAAACUGGCCCAAAUGAACGGCCGCGAGCUGUCCAUCAGGCCCAGCGGAAGCCGUCACAUCAAGAAGCAAACAUUUGUCGUUCACGCCGGCACCGACACCACAGGAGACAUCUUUUUCAUGGAGGUGUGCGACGACUGCAUAGUCCUGCGCAGCAACAUCGGCACGGUUUACGAGCGCUGGUGGUACGAGAAGCUCAUCAACAUGACUUACUGCCCCAAGACCAAGGUGCUGUGCCUCUGGAGACGCAACGGCCAAGAGACACAGCUCAACAAGUUUUAUACCAAAAAGUGUCGUGAACUCUACUACUGUGUUAAAGACAGUAUGGAAAGAGCUGCAGCAAGACAGCAAAGCAUUAAACCAGGUCCUGAGCUGGGCGGAGAGUUCCCCGUCCAGGACAUGAAAACUGGUGAAGGGGGACUGCUGCAGGUCACGCUGGAAGGAAUCAACCUGAAAUUCAUGCACAGCCAGGUUUUCAUAGAGCUGAGUCACAUUAAAAAGUGCAAUACAGUGAAGGGAGUCUUUGUCCUGGAGGAAUUUGUUCCUGAAACUAAAGAAGUGGUGAUCCACAAGUACAAGACCCCCAUGGCACAUCAGAUCUGUUACUCAGUCCUCUGCCUUUUCUCCUACGUGGCGGCAGUGAAGGGGAAGGAGGCGGAAGGAAAACCCAAGAUCCUGUCACCGAGACCUCUUCCUAGCUAGUCUACACCCCGCUCCUUCUCUUAAACCCCCCCCCCCCGCCCCCCCCUCUCCGUCUUCUCUGUGCCUCUCUACUUGAAAUGGCAUCUCAGCUCUAAUACCACAGACUUCUGACAAUCCCUAACUUUAUUCUAAGCACACAAAACCCGCUCCCUUUCCCUCUUGUAUAUACGAGCCUAAGAUCCUUUUUAGACCCUGUCGUGUAGAUGUGUUUAACCUCGGUCUGUGAUGUCGUGUAAAUACUUCCGACCCCCUCAUCGCCGUCGUCAUACCGACUUGCUAAAUGUUUGCCUGCUCCUUAACUCAGGAGAAGUGACUCCCCCUCGAUCUCUUCUCCUCUGUGUUGAACGUCUUCUAUUGUUCCCGCUGCCAAGACCCAACUGUUUUUAACGAUAGGAGACGUGAGGGAUAGCCCCGAGGCACAGAGUGCAUGCAGGUCCCGUGCACAGCCUUGACAUUCACUACAGAGUAGCCCCCCCCCUACCCCACCCUCACCCCAACGCCCCCCAAAACCUCUCCCCACUUCGUCUCCAUACGACUGUGUGAGUUAUUCUGUGCUAUGUGAUUACUGUAAAGUUCCAGUCUGUCCAAGUUUGAAACUGGUGAAACAUCCAGAGAGCCUCUCGUAGUGCAGGAUGUCCCGUACUGAAAAAUGCUACUGUAAACUGCACCAGAGCACCGCAUGUAAACGCUUCUUAAAAAAGGUGUUUGAACCCUAAAAUAAUGUGAGUGUUCUCAGAUGUGUUCUCUUUGCCCUAGCUCGGCCCGCCAGGCUGAAUUACUGUUCUAGUUCUACUGUAAAAUUUCUCGUCUGUGGUCUGCUGUUAUCAAUUGCAUGUUGAGGAUGAAAAAAUAAAUAUUAUAUAUAUAUUUCUAUAUAUAGUAUUUAUUUAAUAUAUACAUAUAUUUACUGUACAUUUCUCUGAAAAUGAAAAAAACAAAAAAAAAACAUUACAAAUUGUUGAUUUGCUUGAUGUGCAAUACAAAGUAGUUAGCCAUUGCCAGAGCCAGGUUUUCUUGAGUUAACUGGCUUUCACAGGGUGAAGAAUGUAAGAAAGUACUUUUUUUUUCUAUAGAACAUAUUGAUUGAAGUGAAUAUGAUGACUUAAGUGUGACAUGACUGUUUAAAGUUUGUCUUUUUAAACAGUAAAUCAACUCCAAAUCACACACGGCAGCAAACUCUGCUCUGUACGGGGGGGAAGCUUUGCAGCACUCAGGCCACGCCCCAAUCAGUGAUGUCACACCAGGUGUUUUCAAACAGCAGCAGGUAGACGUUGUUGUUGUUUUAGUGUUGGCAGAGAGCGUACAGCACCUCUUCCAUUUGGAUUCAGCCACUAUAAGCCAUGUGACGUGUUAACACGUUAUUUUGUUUAUGCACAGAGCCGUCGAUACAAGUUGGCAUAUUGCCGUGUUCAUGUUAUAUCGUUCAGACUGCAAGUAAUCACCCGAGAUGUAAAAACAGUUCAGGUCAGUCUCCAGUUGUAAUUCCAGGUCUGAGAUUGGUGGACUUGUGACAGCUGUGAUCUCCCACUUUGUCUGCAGAGCCUCCGUUAGCUAAUUAACUCAUUUAAAAGGACCUAUAGACUUAAUAUCUGGUUCCAAAUAUAAAGGCAACAAGAGUAGCUAAUAUAGGCAGUUUGUAUAAUGUGACUACAAGUUCAACAGUAGAAUCAUGUGUGAACGCUCCUGAGUCGGUUUCCUGUUCUUCACAUGCCGCUGACGUUGUUUCAGUGCAGCAGAAGAAGAAAUUGGUUUGAGGUUGCAUGGAUGAUGUCACACUUUCUGCAAGCGGUUGGCAUUGAUUUAUUUAAUGUCUGAACAGGUCGGUCAUUUCACGGGUAAACUGUCACAUUUUCUGACAGCCUUCGUCUGAAACGGUCUUCUGCUGCCAUUCUGUUGACCUGUACCAGGAAAUUUAAAAACAAAAUAAAUUAAAAAAAAAAAAAUUCUGCAUCCAAAUACAAGUCAAGAACUUUCUCUCAACUUUUAUAAAGACAAAAAAAAGACAAAGCAGAACAACAGCAGAAUGUCAUGAUUUCUGGCGCAGGCGAUCACAAACAUUUGACCUGGGAUUUAAAAUAUGCAGCAUCUAAAUAUUGUCAGGUACCCGUCCUUUCUCUGAAUCUUUUUAAAAAGACUGAAUAACAUUAAUAAUGUCAACAUUACCUUGUUGAAAGCGUGACAUCAUCUAUGCACAAACACCUCUGGCUGGAACUAUCUAUUAUUAUCAUGAUCCCACAAUUAAUGAUUUGGUCCGAAAUAUCAGAAAAUCAUUGAAAAUACCCUCCAUUAUUUACCUGAAUCUGAGUUAACCUCUUAACAUUGUUUGGGUUUUAGACUGUUGGUCAGACAAAACAAAGAAAUCCAGUUUACUAUCACAGGAAAACAGCAAAUAUUCACAUUGGAGAACCAGAAAACUGCAUUUUUGGGCGUUUGUUUAAUAGCUGACUUAAACAAUUAGCUCUAAUUCAAUCAUUACAGUUGUCAUAAGCAGUCCAGAAAGAAAAACAAAAAAACACUUGCUUUUACAUCACUGAUCGAGUUGUGAAAAAAAAGUGCCGCAGUUUCCUGUCCUGUGAUUGGUUGUAGAUUUACCCUUCAGACAUGUUGAAACCUACAGACGUCGUCAUCUGCUCCCCGAGGAGAAUCGUCAAGUCUUAAUGUUGUUUCUGUUCCGUGAUAGUAAAAGAAAUGUUGAAUCUGGUCCCAUUGCUGACCUGUUAACUUUCACAGUGAGCGUGUUUGUGUGUGUGUGUGUAUGUGUGUGUGUGUGUGUGUGUGUGUGUGCAACGUGAGUUCAUGUGGUGAACAGUUUCUCCAGAUCAGCAAUAUAUCGGUACAGCUAUAUCACUGGAAGAUGUUUUAUUUUGAUUCUGACAUGCUUGUAUUUCUAAAUAACUGAACUGUGCAAAAGAAAAAUAAUCAGUAGGAUGUUCACAAGAUGCUGUUUCCAUUCAUGAAUAACGCCGCACAUAAAAUGUGUAAAUAGGACAGAAGUCAGUCUGAAGCAUCUCUGGAUUUGGUUUGGGGAAUUGGACACAGCUCUUUCUGCUUCAGUUAAAAGGAUGGGUUUUUUUUUGUUCUUUUGUUUUUUUUUAAACUGGAUUAUUACAAACACCUCUGUCAUUGUACUCGCCGGUUGCUGUAACGAAAAUGAAAUGAGAUGCCAGGUGUAAGUAUUCCAGUAUUUGAAAAGGUAUUUAUAGAAUAUGUACAGCUUUGGCAAUAUAAUAAAGUUGUCCCAAAUGAA